AUGCUGCGGGCGCUGGCGCUGUCGCUGCUGGCGGCGGCGCUGGCGGCGGGCGGCGGCCCGGGACCCCCCCGGCUCCGCGGGGCCGAGCUGCGGGACCUGGCCCGGGGCAAGGUGGAGACCUGCGGCGGGUGACGGCUGAACCGCCUGAGAGAGGUGAAGGCCUUCGUCACCCAGGACAUCCCUCUCUACCAUAACUUGGAGAUGAAGCAUCUGCCCGGUGCUGACCCUGAGCUUGUGCUCCUCAGCCACCGAUACGAGGAGCUGGAGAGAAUCCCCCUGAGCGACAUGACCCGGGAGGAGAUCAACCAGCUGGUGCAGGAGCUGGGCUUCUACCGCAAGGAGACACCUGAUGCCCCUGUGCCUGAGGAGUUCCACUUUGCCCCUGCCAGGCCUCUGCCCACCCUGCCACCCCCCCAAGCUCCCGUCACUGACGACAAGACCCCACACGAACGUGGUGAGGGAGAACACCCAGACCUCUAGCAAGGGGUGCCAUGCUUGGGAGAGGGGUCCUGCAGCCGGUCCCCAGCACGCGGGGCUGAGGGCGUUGCAGCAGCUGGGGAUGGUGCCACAGGGGGGCGAAGGUGCCCCCACUGUUGCUUGGUGCUGUGUAGCCUCUGCCCUGAGGAUGCUCUGAGCAGCUCCAGCCUCGAGCAGGGCCUUCCUGGGCAUUGCGGACAUCCCAGAGGUCCCGUGUUCCUGUGGUUGCCCUCCCUCCCCUGCAGCGCAGCAUCCCCGGCCGGUCAGGAGGAUCUUUGUGCUCCCUCACCGUGCCCCGAGGUUUAGCUGACUCCCAGCACUGGGCAGUGGUAUCCUACCUGCAUGGGACAGGAUGAAACCCUCAGCAGAAAGCCCCAGGUGCUGAGGGUAGAUGUGCUGAGUCCCGGAGGUGGGAGAGCUGCCCCCGGGGGGUAUGGCUUUACACCCCAGCAGGGUUGUCUCGUAUCGAGCCCCCAGUAAAGCCCUUGAUACAA